AAGUUUUAUACCGUGUUGGUUCUGACGUGGCUGUGGGGUUGCAGACUAGGAGAAUUUAUGUUGAUGCUUAGAAAACUAUCCAAGAGUUAUCACAGGGUAGCAUUUCACUCUAUUUGCUUUGGAAGACAUUUAUGAAGCAAAGGAAUUGCGAUUACUAAGAUUAAGGAUAUGGCAAGAUAUUUGUUUCCGAAGCUAUACAUUAAACCAGACCUCACUUUCAGAUGCCAGUUUCUAGGAACUGAAGACGUCAUGAUAUCAGAUGAUGAUGUCAUGUAUGCUGAAGCUUUAAAGAAAUAUACGGCACAGACGAGAAGUGUUUUGGCAGGAUACUUGAAGACAUAUUGUGAAUUAUGUAUUGGCAGAACUUAUGUCUGGAUAGAGGAAGAGAAAACUGGAGUUAGAGAGAACAUACAUCGCAUCAGGGAAAUACCAUUCAUUACUCAAGAUCCAGAUGACAAAACAGUAUUUGGCUUUGUGUCCAGUCACCAUAUUUACGAAAAUAUUUAUGAGCUUUAUGCUUUUAAGUCCCAAGAAGCAGAGGUUAUCAUUAAAACCUUGAGGGAAUGUAUCGGACCUGCGACUAAUAUCAUGACAGAGGCGGCCGGAUCAUUAAAUGCCAUUACUAAGAUUACAGAAAUGGAAGCAACUCUGUUUCAAGAGGGACUCAACGGAACAGGCUUGACAUUCAGAUGCCAGUUUCUAGGAGCUGAAGACAUGAGGAUAUCAGAUGACGAUGUUAUGUAUGCCGAAGCUUUAAAGAAAUAUACGGCACAGACGAGAAGUGUUUUGGCAGGAGACUUGGAGACAUAUUGUGAAUUAUGUAUUGACAGAACUUAUGUCUGGAUAGAGGAAGAGAAAACUGGAGUUAGAAAGUACAUACAUCGCACCAGGGAAAUACUAUUCAUUGCUCAAGAUCCAGAUGACAAAACAGUUUUUGGCUUUGUGUCCCGUCACCAUAUUUACGAAAAUAUUUAUGAGCUUUAUGCUUUAAAGUCCCAGGAAGCCGAGGUUAUCAUUAAAACCUUGAGGGAAUGUAUGGGAGCUGCGACUAAUAUCAUGACAGAGGCGGCCGGAUCAUUACAUGGCCAGCGACAGACAGAGAAAGAGGAGCAAGAAGGAAAUGGCCUCAGGCUGGUGAGAGAACUGAAGGAGCAGGUGACACAUAUGCUAGCAGAAGUGCAAGAGAAAGGGUUGAGAGAGACCGAGAUACAUUUGGCUAAGAUGAAUCAGCAGCUGAUAAACCUGUGGGGGCAUAUGCAAGAGAGACAUGAUCAACUGAGAGAUGUAACCCAGCAAAUGACGAUUAUCCGAGGGCAGUUAGAAGAAAAAGAUGAAGAAACUGCUAACUUACAGAAUGAAGCUACUGCGUUAAGGCAACAACUGGAGGAAAAAGACCAGGAAAUUGAUGAAUUGGAAAUAACUCUGUCCAUAGCUCAGGAUGAGCUACGUGAUUAUCAACGCCAAGAUUCCCCUGACUGGGUCAUUUCACGGGACCAUAUUCAGCUAACAGGUAGAUUUCUCGGCAGAGGAGGCUGGGGAAGUGUUGUCGAAGGCAAAUAUUGUGGUUGUUCUGUUGCAGUUAAACAGAUCCAUGAGUUGAUUCUCUCUCCUCACAACUGCAAUUUAUUUGAGCGAGAAAUGGAUAUUGCUUCAAGAUGCCGCCACCCUUGCUUGCUGCAGUUCAUCGGAGCUACAAAUGACGAAGGGAAUCCAUUGUUUGUAACAGAGCUCAUGGAAACAAGUUUACGUACUUUGUUGGAACAGAGAGCUCUUUCUGAUGCUGAAAUGUCUUUUAUUUCCCUGGAUGUGGCUCGGGCGCUAAACUACCUUCACCAAAAGCAACCAUCUCCUAUUAUUCACCGCGACAUCAGCAGUGCAAAUGUGCUACUUUGGCGACAGGGCGAACAUUGGCGAGGCAAAGUGUCAGAUUAUGGAACUGCCAACUUUAUGCAGCAAACCAUGACAGUUGCUCCUGGUGCCAUGAUUUACAGUGCCCCUGAAGCAAUUACUAAAAAUCAAACCGUCAAGGUUGAUGUGUACAGUUUUGGUGUCCUCCUCUGUGAGAUGUGCAUCCGGGAAUUGCCAGAUCCAUUAAGGCGUGAUCGGCAAGUCGUCAUGGUUAAAAACAAAUUGAAUCGAGCCCUUAUCCGGAAGUGUCUGCAGUCAGAGCCUGAAACGAGACCAAGCAUACAGGAGAUCAUUGAUGAACUUGAGGAACCUGUUUAAAAUAGGUUUGGUCGGUUUUGCUUUUAAUAGAAUAAACGUAAUUCUGCUAUUACCAAUGUAAUUGUAAUGGUAAAUAUGUUACGGAGUGACAUCUCUUGUGUAUUUCUACCCCUGAAAGUGAUAAGACAUGAUUAGAUUGGUUAAAUUUCGAGGGAAUGGAAAAUGAUAGGAGUAUCUCAUCUAAAAGCGUUUACUACGGGGGAGGUUUUCCUUGUAGUGUUAUGUAAAGAGAGUUUAUGGUACAUGUGCUACGGAGGGAC